UGGGCGUGACUAAUCCCCGAUCUCGGCCGGGGUUGCGAACUUUCGCCUCGACCAGCUCCCGCCAUUCCAUUUCCCCCCUCACUUGACAAUCGCCGGGUUCCCUUCCAGAGACCCCAAAGUUCCUACGGCAGGGCCGCAAGAGAGAACCAAGACACUCUUUCAUCAAUAAACCCCUCCCCCACCAUCGCCAUGGCCGACCCCGCCGCCUCAUCCCCUCACCUCCAGCUCUUGUCGGAUCUGACCCCGCCCUCCCUCGAACGCACCUGGUUGACGGCGCCACACCCACGUCUCCCUAUUGUUGCAACCUGCAGCUCCGACAAGACUGUGCGCGUCUAUUCGCUGACCAACUUCCGGCUCCUGUCGACCAUCUCCGGCGGUCACAAACGCAGCGUACGCACCGCCGCCUGGAAGCCGCACGUCCAGGGCGAAAGCGUGCUCGCCACGGGUAGUUUCGAUGCCAUGGCAGGCAUCUGGCGUCGAUGGGACAGUUAUGGCCAGGCAACCGACGGGUGGGGCCUAGGCCAACGAAAACAGGCGACCACCACCUUCAACAGCGGCAAUCCUGAAUCCGAAGCCGAAGAGAGGGACAUUCUCCGUCACGACGAGGACAAAGAAGUAGGGGACGACGACGAUGAAUGGCGAUUCGCGGUCCUCCUGGACGGGCACGAUAGUGAGGUGAAGUCCGUAGCAUGGUCGCCGUCGGGGAUGCUCCUGGCGACGUGUUCUCGGGACAAAUCGAUCUGGAUUUGGGAGGAUCUAGACGACGGCGACAACAAUUUCGAGACGGUGGCGGUAAUGCAGGAGCAUGAGGGGGACGUGAAGUGUGUGUCGUGGCAUCCUGUUGAGGAGUGUUUGGCGAGUGCGAGCUACGACGAUACGGUUCGGAUUUGGCGCGAGGAUUUGGAUGACUGGGGCCAAGUUGCGUGCUUGCGGGGCCAUGCGGGCACGGUUUGGUUUGUGGAUUGGGAGGCGGUUGAGAACGUUCCGGCUGGGUUGGUGGAGAAGGAGAAGCAGGUCUGGAGGGAGGCGGGACAGCGGGCCUUGUCUGGACCGCGUCUUGUCUCGUGCUCGGAUGAUCGGACUGUUCGUGUCUGGCGCCGACAGCCUAAGGAACAGGCUCCGGCGGCGGGAACGGCGAUGCCGAGUAUUAUUCGGCCAACAGGAAUGGACGAGACGUGGGAGGAGGAGGCGUUACUUCCGGCGGUGCAUGAUCUUGCUGUUUAUGCGGUGGCCUGGAGUAAGAGGACGGGUUUGCUGGCAUCUGUAGGUGCGGAUGGUCGUAUCGUGCUCUAUGAGGAGCGGUUGGUGGACACCGGUUCGGCGCAGCAGAUGGAUACGGAUCCGUCGUCGUCGCCGCCGGCUGUUACACAGACAGAGUGGGUGAUUGUUGCUGCGUUGACGGGUGCACAUGGCAUCUACGAAAUCAAUCAUGCAGCGUGGGCGAAACGCGCUGAUCGUGGUCAGGACGAAAGCAAGGAGGAGCAGGAGGUGCUCAUCACUACGGCUGAUGAUGGGAGUGUUAAGGUUUGGACGGUAGAACGGUGAUGGUAUGGAAACGGGUCAUAGAAGGGAUGGGUGUGAACAAAGGUGAGUAUACAGGGUUAUCUGUCUUGGGAGAUAGAGAGAACAGGCGUGUAUCUUGUUGGACAGAGUUGCUGAUAUAGGGAACGUUUGUCUGGUUACGUCUCACGAUGAGUCUG